AUGACCGGCGGAGUCACAGCUGGACAUUGUGGAGCUGGUUCAGUUUCUUGCGCACAUUCUGCGUCCGGAUUCACAAGCACACCCGGUAUCGCCUCGUCUUCUGGUACAGUCGGCUUCGCACCUACUACACCUUCUUACCGCAAGCUCACCGCCGAGCAAAAAGAAGAGCUGAAGAAGAGACAGGAGGAGCGUGCAGCGAAGAAGCGGCAACGCAAGGAAACUCAAAACUCGGCCAAGGCCAACACCAAGGCGAAGAUUCCGGGCGCGACUAGCAAGAAAGCUUCCAGUCGGUUUAUGGCAGACGGUGGUGACUGUGGUAGCUUCAGUGCUGGUGAUUCCGGUGGCUGCAGCUCGUCCGCAGACGCAGGUGUCUCUAGUCAUUGCCAAGCAGGAGACGGUGGAGACAGUGGCAGCUACUACUCAGCUGGAGACUCAGGGCUUGCAACCAUACAACCCGGAGUCGCUAGUACAAGCCAGACACGGACAGCUGAGGAGAAAGCUGAACGGGAUCGUAGGGAGCUAGAACUACAAGAGAGGCAUCGACAACAAGCAGAACGCCGCCACGAGAAGAGACAACAGCGAAGAGAAGCCAGGGCUGAGGUGGCUACUUCAGUCAAAGGAAAGCUCCACGAAGCCACUAGGAAGAAGGAGAAGAUACGUCUGGCUGUGACAUUGCUUACUCUCAAGCUUCAUCUUUGA